AUGGCUGGUGGUCAGGGAUCCCAUCUCAGGCGAGGGCACUCGUUAUGGGUUUUCUUUGCCAUUGCGCUUGGUCUGUUGUGUGUAUUCUUUUGGCCGCAUGACUCAAAAUAUUUGCGCAACUCCAACAUCCUUUCUCGUCGUGCUGCCCCAAUUGACAUUGUGAGCACUCAACCAAAUCAUACCCUUUCUCGGCGGGAUGAUUAUUCUUGCAGUGCUAGUAAACCUUGCAGCAAUGGUGCCUGUUGCGGCGCUGGUGGAUACUGUGGUUAUGGUUCGACAUACUGUGGUACGGGUUGUGUGUCGAACUGCAAUGCUACUGCAGAGUGUGGAAAGGAUGCAUCAACACCAGGCAAGACCUGCCCACUCAAUACAUGCUGUACUGGAUGUCAAAGCAACUGUGUUCUCAAUGUUCCUGUUCCAGGCGGAAAAGCUUCGAUGGAUGUCCUGAGCAACAAGGUUAUUGGAUAUUACGAGGCAUGGAUGGCCCGCAAGGCCUGCCACAAGAUCAAACCGACCAACUUGCCGUUAGAUGCAUUGACUCAUGUGAACUUUGCAUUCGCCUCAAUCGAUCCGUCCACGUAUGAAGUGGUCGCGAUGGACUCGUCUACCCCAACCAGUCUCUUCCAAGAAACGACUAAUAUCAAGUCUGUCAAAGAAGACAUUAGUGUCUUUAUCAGUAUUGGAGGAUGGACAUUCUCCGACAACGGUACUGAUACACAACCCCUGUUUGGGGAGAUUUCAGCUUCUGAGACUAAGCGGAAGACCUUCGCAAACAACGUUGUGCAUUUCAUGAGGCAAUACGGGUUUGAUGGUGUCGAUCUCGAUUGGGAAUAUCCGGGCGCAGGCGACAGAGGCGGUAAACCCGAAGACACGAAGAACUAUGUCCUUUUGAUGAAGACACUGAGAGAGACAUUCGAUGCGAGUGGAAACACAUUUGGUCUGACCUUCACUGCCCCCUCUUCAUACUGGUAUCUCCGCUGGUUUGACUUGCCAAGUAUGGUGAAGUAUGUUGACUGGAUCAACGUGAUGUCGUACGAUCUCCAUGGAGUCUGGGAUUCCGACAAUCCUAUUGGUAGUAUUGUCCAAGGACAUACCAAUCUAACUGAGAUUAAGAGUGCCUUAGAUCUCUUUUGGAGAGUUAAGAUCCCUCCCGCCAAGGUGGUGUUAGGCAUUGGGUUCUAUGGUCGUGCAUUCACUCUACAGGACAAGAGUUGUACGAAACCCGGGUGUGCCUUUAGUGGUGCCUCAGACGCUGGGCCCUGUUCAGACGCUGGCGGUAUGCUUGCACACUAUGAGAUUAUGAGUAUCUUGCAGGGAACCUCGACCAAAAGGGCCACUAUCUCACCAAUUCACGACGAAAAGGCUGCAGUCAACUACUUUACGUUUAAUGAUGAUCAAUGGAUCUCGUAUGAUGACAAGACAACCUUCAAGCAAAAGAUUGAUUGGGCAAAUGAUGUUGGAUUGGGGGGCGCAAUGGUCUGGGCGUCAGAUCUGGAUGAUGAUAAAUACUCCGCCCAUACCGGCCUUGUCGGUAGAAGUAUUAUUUCAACACACACACUUCAGGCUUUCAACAAAGCGCAGUCAAACGCUAAGUCCACUAUCACAGACUUAUCAGCCUUCACUGGACAGAAGUGUUUCAAGUACACAAAGAGGUGUAUCAAGCUGGAUGACACUGAGGCCAUGUCGAAUGCCUGUGGUGACGGUUAUACCGUUGUUGGCUGGGAUGAUGCUGGAUGUGGCAAGUCAAGCUGUGUAAGUGCGAGCCCUUUGGAACGUGUCUUCGGGACUAACGGCGUACAGCACUGCGGUAAGCCAAUUUGUUGCCCUCACGGUGCCGCUCCCAAGGGGUGCAAAUGGCGCGGUGACGACACUGGCCAACUCGGCUCCAGUUCAGAUUGCAGUGGGCAAUGUUCAGCGGGAGAAAUCAAUGUCAAUGGCAUUCGUUCGUCAUGGGGUGGUGGGUACACUAACGACGGAAACACCAACAAAUGCGGCCGCGGAUACAAGGUAUUCUGCUGUCCGGACCCUGACUACCACGAAGUCACCAAGGGGUGCUCUUGGGCUAAAUGUGGAAAGGAAUGCCCGAGCGGAAAAGAAUCUGUCUUGACAUUGUACGACAAUUGUUAUUCCAAAGGGGAAAAAUACUGCUGCCCUACCCCAGUUGAGCUCACCAGCUGUCACUGGACAGGUGGAAGUGGUGGUAGAGAUUGCGUGAAUGCGAAGUGCAAUUCCACCGAGCUCCAGAUCGCAACCUCUUCCCUAGGUGAUGGCUAUCUUACGUGUGACUAUAGCGGCUAUUGUUCAAUAAGUGAUCGUAAUGACAUUCUGAAACGAGCUGCGAGCGAGCUUCUCGUUCUCUCGCCUGUCUCGCCCAGCGAAUCCAGUCUCGAAAAACGGGCUGGGAAAGUGCAAACUUCGCUCACAGUGGGGGCGCUCACGAUCAUUCGGAUUAUCGCUAAAUAUCCAUCUAUGGGAAAGCUGUUCACUAUUAAACAGGCAGCUUUGGUGCUCAAGAAGGCUUUCAGGACACGGACCGGUACCUGCGGGGGCUCUGUUUUACAAAUCACGAACUUGCCUGACCAACCGACCGCAGCACAGAUUAGUGGCCUAAACAGUGAGCAUCCAGUUGACAAGAGACUUCAGGACAGCGUACUUGAAUCAAUGGCGAGUGGCAUACUCCCCUCUGGGCGCAUUGCACAUCUCAAACCGAUAUCUGAGAAUUUCUGGCGUUUUAAAUGGAGCUUCGCCUCCGCCAAAUUGGCCCAGAAACCGCCUGUAGGUAACAGCAAAGGCAAGCAGCCGGCGCAGCCUAACGAACGUUUUGGAGAAGUCUUCGGAUCAGACGACAACCCGUACCCCUUCAUGGCCGUCGAGGCCUCGCUUAAUAUUCGCAAGGGCAAAAUCUUCGAGUUGAAAAACCCGGUCGACUUGAAGGUUAUCCAGACAGCAGCAAAGAAAGCCGUGAAGGUAGAUACGAUGGAAGAAGCUAACGUGUUCCUUUCGAAACUCCAGGUGGCAUUCGCGGCCUUCGAGUAUAUUCGGGAUGCCCAAUUCCAGGCUCGAUUUGACCAUGUGAUAAAGAAUGGAUAUAUAACACUGAGCGAUAUCGAAGAAACGACCGAGACUUACAACCUCCAGAAUUGGUGGGCACUUUGGAAUGAUGAUCACUUCACGGAGGCCCUACGAGUUGCACGGAGAUGGGCACGUGACGCAAUUCGGGAUGCAAGGGCCCCGUAUAUCGAAGCAUAUGAGGCAGGCCACGGACUGGAAACUUAUGAUCGUGUGAUGGCCGCAUUGGAUGCCUUUGAAGACCUCAUCGCAGAAAUCCGGAUGCCGGAGGUGAAAAGCUACAAGCAGAAAAAUCCCUACAAUGGUGAGGGGCCAAGCGGGUACAACUCGUAA